ACCUAACUUGGGCUGCUCGGUCCGGUCACCGCCCCAUGGAAACUCCGCCCCACAACCCCAUCUCGCCCCCCUCCCCGCCUCCGGUCGCCGAUGGCUCCCCGGCGGCCGACGCCGGGGCGGGCGGAGAGCAGGCGGACGGAGGAUUCGGCGCCGGGCUGGAGCCCCUGUGGUCGCUCCUCUUCGGCACCCCGGAGGAGCUGGAGCCCAUGUGGUCGCCGCCAAGGGAGUUCGACGUCAGCGCCGAGUUCGCCGCCGCUGUGGCAGACCCGGAGCCCCUGGUGGAUGACGGAGGAGGUCCCUGGGAUGGCGCCGCGUGGAGGUCAACGGGGCUCGUCGCCGGCGAGGGCUCCACCCGGGCGCUAUCUCCGCCCACCGCCGCGCCGGGCUUCGCGGAGUUCGACCUCCCCGCGUCUGAUUCUUCCCAAGGCGCUCCCGAGGUGAGGCCGCUCGAUCAUUAUUCACCCAUGCCGGAAUCUCCGUCUACUCCGGUUGCCGUAGACAUGCGGGAAAAGCUCGUAUUCAUCUCCGACAUCUCCGCGCCGGUGCCGGAGUCUGUACCAUCGCCGGCGCCGGCGCCGGCUUGUUUGGAAGCUAAUGUACAGGAGAGUGCACCGGAGUGCACGCUGAACACCAUGCCAUCGCCUCCUGCAACUUCCGGGGACGAUGCCGAUUUGUCUCGUUUGGAGACAGAGGAUGCUUCCAACUAUUGCUCUGCUUCAGAGAAAAUUGCCUCAGCAAGCAUGGCUGCUGUUGAUUUGAACGCAGAGUAUGACCCCGGGGCCAAUGUCGACGGUUGUGGUACCUCAGGUGCCAUCAGUACAGAUGCCAAAUCUCUUUGGGGAUCACAGAAGAUUGCGACACCCACAGUGGCAGCAAUUGUCGCACCCCCAGAUUCGAAUGAAUACUCAUUUGGAGCUUCCAAAAUCACAGUGGCAGCAAAUGCUGCACCUCCAGAAUCGAAUGAAUACUCAUUUAGAGCUUCCAAGCUACGCUCUGUGGAUAAGCCGAUCAAAGAGGCCACCACUACUACACUACACACAGUAGGGAAGCCAAUCAAAGGGACCACCACUGCUGCACCAGGCAACGUUGGUAAGUCGAUCAAAGAUACCACCACUACUGCACCAGACAACAUUGGUAAGCCGACCAAAGAAACCACCACUACUGCACCAGACACAACACGUAAGCUGAUCAAAGAGACUACCACUACUGCACCAGACACAGGUGACUUGCCCAACAGGGUGGAACAGCAAGGAUCACCAGAAAUUGUUAAGAGGAAAAGCACCUCCAGUGGCAAUGAGAACAAACGAGGUGGUCUAAACAUUCAGGUUGUGGUGGCUUUACCAGCGGUGAAUUAUAGGUCCAUAAAGCGGGGAGCAGUAUCUGUUCGUGCUCCAAAGAAGACUAGGAUGGCUUCAAAGGCAUCAUCAGUGGGUUCAGGCAGGUUACCACCUAUUUCGCCAGUGGUAAACAGUGAACCUCCAAUGCAUAAAACAGAGCCUUAUCCGCAUUCACCACCUAGCAAGUAUGAUCUUGACACUGUAAAGAACUCGCCAUUAAAGAGAGUGGAUAAUACUGAUGUUGUACCGUGCAAUUUGGGGCUACUGAGUGCAGAGUCACAAGUGGUAACUGAGGUACCCAAAGAACUAGAUGGAAAACUUUCUAAGCCUGUAAGGGCAAAGAGGUUGAGGGGCUCAACAGAGUCACAAGUGGUAACUGAGGUACCCAAAGAGCCAGAGUCUAAUCCGCAUUUACCACCUAGCAAGUAUGAUCUUGACACUGUAAAGAACUCGCCAUCAGAGAGAGUGGAUAAUACUGGUGUUGUACCGUGCAAUUCGGGGCUACUGAGUGCAGAGUCACAAGUGGUAACUGAGGUACCCAAAGAGCCAGAUGGAAAACUUUCUAAGCCUGUAAGGGCAAAGAGGUUGAGGGGCUCAACAGAGUCACAAGUGGUAACUGAGGUACCCAAAGGGCCAGAGUCUAAUCCGCAUUUACCACCUAGCAAGUAUGAUCUUGACACUGUAAAGAACUCCCCAUUAGAGAGAGUGGAUAAUACUGGUGUUGUACCGUGCAAUUCUGGGCUACUGAGUGCAGAGUCACAAGUGGUAACUGAGGUACCCAAAGAGCCAGAUGGAAAACUUUCUAAGCCUGUAAGGGCAAAGAGGUUGAGGGGCUCGACAGAGUCACAAGUGGUAACUGAGGUACCCAAAGGGCCAGAGUCUUAUCCGCAUUUACCACCUAGCAAGUAUGAUCUUGACAUUGUAAAGAACUCGCCAUUAGAGAGAGUGGAUAAUACUGGUGUUGUACCGUGCAAUUCGGGGCUACUGAGUGCAGAGUCACAAGUGGUAACUGAGGUACCCAAAGAGCCAGAUGGAAAAUUUUCUAAGCCUGUAAGGGCAAAGAGGUUGAGGGGCUCGACAGGUAAAUGCUCGCCAAAUUUGAAGAGGACAAAGAAAAAUAGUGGCUCAAUUUGUGAAUCGCCUAGUGUCACAAUGAUGCUAGAUCCAAGCAAGAAAAAUAGUGGCCUAAUUUGCGAAUCGCCAAGUGUCACAAUGAUGCCAGAUCCGAGCAAUAGUGCAAAAGUUAUCUUUGAUAAGAAUUUGGUUGAUUCAGAGAUGGUGGAAAGUGAUGAUGGAUCCUGUUGUUUUGUGGGGGAGGCAGUGCCGGAGGAGGAGGCUAGGCAGAGGUGGCCUCAUCGCUACGAGAAGAAUCAUCACUUUGUGGAGAAGGAUAUGAGGAGCGAUAUCCAACUGCUUGCAAAUGCUGCCGAUGCUGUCUUGGAAGUUAAAUGUCACUAUUUGCAAGCCAGCAUAUCUGGAUCUACUUUUUGCAUUGGAGAUUGUGCAUUUGUGAAAGGUCCAGAAGGAAAACCAAAUUACAUAAGCAGAAUACUCGAGUUUUUUGAAACAGUUACCGGUGAACGUUACUGCAGAGUGCAAUGGUUUUUCAGAGCUGAAGACACGAUCAUGGAAAACCAAGCACAGUCUCAUGACCCAAGGAGGCUCUUUUACUCAGAUCUGAAGGAUGACAAUUCACUAGAUUGUAUUGUCUCCAAAAUUUCAAUUGUGCAAGUUUCUCCUUGUGUUGAUAAAGAGUCAAAGUCGAUAUCUCCAUCCCAAUAUUACUAUGACAUGAAGUACUCUCCGGACUACAGUACUUUCUCUACCUUGGAAAUGGGAGAUAUGCAUGCCAAAUUGCAGUCAAGUCACGUAAGUAGUAUCAAUAUGAAAAAGGUUGACUUCAGUAAGAAGCAAAAGUCUCCUGUACCAAAUAAGAAGGAUCUCUCUUUGCUAGAUCUCUACUGCGGUUGUGGUGGAAUGUCAACUGGACUUUGUCUUGGGGCUAAUGUUGGUGGUGUGAAUCUUGUGACGAGAUGGGCUGUUGAUAAUGAUGAAGUUGCAUGUGAAAGCUUCAGAUUGAAUCAUCCAGAAACUCGGGUCCGGAAUGAAACUACCGACGAUUUCCUUGAAUUGCUGAAAGAAUGGCAAAAAUUAUGCAAAGAAUAUGUGAGGCAAAGUGAAGUAAAGGACCAGGCUGAUGCUUUAACAGAAUCCAGCAAUGGAAUUCCAGACGAGUCUUCAGUCCCUCCCGAAGAGCUUGAAGUAUGGAAGCUAGUUGAUAUUUGCUAUGGUGAUCUCAAUAAUGUCAGAAAACGGUGCUUAUAUUUUAAGGUCCGUUGGAAGGGUUAUGGCCCUAAUGAUGACACAUGGGAGCCAAUUGAAGGAUUAGGGAACUGCACUGAUGCAAUUAGGGAUUUCGUUAUUGAGGGUCAUAAGCAGAAGAUACUACCACUUCCUGGUGAUGUUGAUGUUGUAUGCGGGGGUCCACCAUGCCAAGGCAUUAGUGGCUACAACCGCAAUAGAGAAUUCGAUGCACCAUUUAAGUGUGAGAAGAACAUGCAGAUUAUUGUCUUUAUGGAUGUCAUGCAAUUUUUGAGGCCCAAAUAUGUCUACAUGGAAAAUGUCCUUGAUAUAUUGAAGUUUGCUGACGCGACACUUGCAAAAUAUGCUUUAAGUCGCCUAAUUUCUAUGCAUUACCAAGCCAAACUGGGGAUCAUGGCUGCUGGAUGUUAUGGUCUUCCACAAUUUCGGAUGCGUGUAUUUUUGUUGGGCUGUCAUCCUGAGGAGAAAUUGCCCCCAUUUCCUCUGCCUACACAUGAAGCGAUUGUGAAGAAUGGUUGCCCUUUGGCUUUUGAGCGUAAUUUGGUUGGGUGGUCUGACAGCACGAAAGGGCAACUAGCGAAGCCAAUUGUCCUUGAAGACAUUCUUUCAGAUCUUCCAAAAGUGGGAAACGAAGAAAGUCGUGAUGAAAUGGCAUAUGUAAAGGGCCCUCAAACAGAGUACCAAAGAUACAUUCGAACAUUUAAAUCUGAAGUGCAGGGUCCUAAAUCUCAUGUUGCAAAAGCUAAGUCAAAAAAAGCUAAGCCAAAAUUGUAUGAUCAUCGGCCGUUGGCACUUGGUAAUGACAACUACUUAAGGGUGUUGCAAAUUCCCAAGAAAAAGGGAGCUAAUUUUAGAGACCUUCCGGGAGUUGUAGUUGGUCCGGACAAUGUAGCUAAAUUAGACCCAACAAAGGAUAGAGUGCUUUUACCAUCUGGUCGUCCUCUGGUGCUUGAUUGUAUACUAACGUAUGAGGAUGGUAAAUCCUUAAGACCUUUCGGCCGAUUAUGGUGGGAUGAGGUAGUUGGAACUGUGCUGACGUGUCCAAAUGCUCGUAUGCAGGCCUUGAUACAUCCUGCACAGGACAGACUGCUCACUAUUCGUGAAAGUGCUCGAUUGCAAGGUUUUCCUGAUAGCUACAGAUUCCGUGGAACAGUCAAAGACAGGUAUCGCCAAAUUGGAAAUGCCGUGGCCGUACCUGUUGGCCGUGCACUUGGGUAUUCUUUGGCCAUGGCCUAUCUGAACAAGAUUGAAAAUGAUCCCCUCAUGGCGCUACCACCCAAGUUUGCGUUCUCCCAUAAUAUAGAAGAUACUACAUAUUCCAGAGUGGACGGUUGACUUGUUUACCCACAUCUGUCUGUUCAUUCUCUGCUAGAAAAGCUGGGUCGUGCGAUUCAUGGUCGUGAAUAUCGUUAGGGUUGUGAAUAUCCAAUAGGUCAUGCCCAUUUUAAAAUAAUUCUUGAUUCGUUCCAUUGACAUGUUGUAUCUUGUAACAUUUUCACUAGUUUUUUAAAAGUUGAUGAAGACAGGUAUAAGUGGCUCAGUAAGGUUUCUCCAGAGAGAACCUUGUGUUGUACUGUAAAAGAGUUCCAUGUAUUCCUUAGAAACUCACAUAGGGAGGUAGGUGUAGGUGGCUCCAGUAAGGUCUCUGGCUAAGUUUGGGGCCGAGAGAGACUUUGUUGUUGUACUAUGAAAGAAUGUAUGUAUAGACAUGUUCGGUAGUCAGUGGAAUAAAAUGCAUGUACAUCAUCUGA